CAAUAGCAGCAUGUUCCACCUUCACUUAACUUUUCUUUUUAUUCUAUGCCUGGCAGCUGUGAUCCUAGCUGACGACAUGGACUCGGAUUCCUUACAGGAUCAGUAUGAAAGGGAGCAGUAUAAAAUACGCAAAAAUGUUUGCAUCCAAAAUCCUGAGUAUGGCAAGUGCGAAGGACGGCGUCGCCUGUGGUACUACGAUUUGAGCAAGGCCAAGUGCCAAACUUUUAUUUACUCCAAUUGUGGUGGAAAUGGCAACCUUUUCUUUACCCGAGAAUCAUGCCAGGAAUUCUGCGGCAAAUACAACUGGAAGAAGAAUCGUAAGGGAGGACGUCCACGUAUGGCUGUUUUCAAGAAGUACAAUUUGAGUGCAUAAAACAUUUUAAACAAUGCAAUGGCAGUACUAUCGCACUCGAAAUCGGAAUCGCGGCCUAAUGCAGCAAUUGACGUGCGGCGUUUGCACCUAGCCGAGUAUUUGAUGGGUCCGCAGGUCCCAGAGGCGGAGGCCACAUAAAAGUGGCGCGGCAAUUGCCAACUUUGGUCACUGCCGGCGACAAGUGUAAAACGACUGUCUCCAGGAGUCGGCGCUGGGAUCUCGGAUAUUAUGGUUGGAUCU